AGUGCAGGGAAGACUAUCAGUAUUGCGACUUCCUCAGUCCUGAUCUUUGAUCACCCAUUCCUCAUUAAUCAUUGACCUCACAUUCCACCUGAACAUUGCAUGGCAUGUAAUGAUUGCUGAUUUUUAUUGCAUGUAAUCACGUAGAAUUGUGCACAUUGCAGAUUCCAUCCUCUUGCAGGCUGUGUCUUUGUAUCUGGAGAUAAUGUUCGCACAUCUCCCCUGCCCUGGCACCCUGAGAGUGUUCUGCAGGAUGUCCUCCUCCUGUGCCAGCGCCUUGCCUGCGUCCCUGUUGCGCUCAGCUGCCUACGUCGGGGGUUCCUGGAUACGUUCCUCUGAUUCUGCCACUUUCCCGGUGCUGGAUCCCGCCACUGGCACAGAACUGGUGAAGGUUACUGACUGUGGGCCUGUAGAGUGCAGAGAGGCAUUAAGAACUGCUUCAGGGGCAUUUCAGAGCUGGAAGGAGGUGCCCGCCAAGGAACGAAGCAAUCUGUUGCGCAGAUGGUAUGACCUGAUGAUCCAAAACAAGGAAGAUCUAGCCAAGAUUAUUACAGCGGAAAAUGGCAAACCUUUAAAGGAAGCACUUGGUGAAAUUGUAUAUGCUGCAGGCUUUCUGGAGUGGUUCUCUGAAGAGGCUCGCCGUAUAUAUGGAGAUGUGAUUCCUGUGUCACUGAAAGACCGAAGAGCUUUGGUCCUCAAACAACCUGUUGGAGUUGCAACCAUCAUUACCCCAUGGAAUUUUCCCAGUGCAAUGAUCACAAGAAAGGUUGGGGCUGCUCUGGCUGCUGGAUGUACCGUUAUAGUGAAGCCUGCAGAAGACACCCCGCUGUCUGCAUUAGCACUUGCAGAGCUCGCUCAUCAGGCCGGCAUUCCAGAUGGCGUGUACAAUGUUGUGCCAUGUUCCAGGCAGAAGGCCCCAAAAGUUGGAGAAAUUCUUUGCACAGAUCCUGCAGUAGCCAAAAUUUCUUUUACUGGGUCUACUGCUACAGGAAAGGUUCUGCUUCGCUAUGCAGCUGAUUCUGUAAAGCGGGUGUCUAUGGAACUUGGAGGUCAUGCUCCGUUCAUUGUGUUUGAUAGUGCAGACGUUGACAAAGCAGCAGCUGGUGCUUUUGCUUCCAAAUUUCGGAAUUCUGGACAGACUUGUGUCUGUUCAAACCGAUUCCUUGUUCAAAAGGGAAUACAUGAUGUCUUUGUAAAGAAGCUGGCAGCGUUGGUAACAAAUGAUUUACAUUUGGGCAAUGGAUUUGAAGAAGGUGUCACUCAGGGUCCACUUAUUAAUGAAAAAGCCGUGGAGAAGGUGGAGCAGCAUGUGCAAGAUGCCGUGUCUCAGGGUGCUUGUAUUGAAGUGGGAGGCAAACGGUCCAGUGUUGGCAAAAACUUUUAUGAACCUACAUUGAUCAGCAAUGUUACUACAAAGAUGCUUUGCACCAGAGAAGAAACAUUUGGACCCCUAGCACCUGUCAUUAAAUUUGAUACUGAAGAGGAAGCCCUUGCCAUUGCAAAUUCAGCUAAUGUCGGCUUAGCGGGUUACUUUUAUUCCCAGGACCCAGCACAGAUCUGGAGAGUGGCAGAACGCCUUGAAGUGGGAAUGGUUGGUGUUAAUGAGGGCUUACUCUCCUCAGUAGAGUGUCCGUUUGGUGGAGUCAAGCAGUCUGGUCUUGGCAGAGAAGGAUCCAAAUAUGGCAUUGAUGAGUAUUUAGAAGUUAAAUAUGUGUGUUAUGGAGGUCUAUAAUGUAUAGUAUGAAAAUGCCAUUAUUUACCGAGCACAAUAAAUCCAGUAGGCCAUAUGAACAAACCUC